AUGGACUGGAGCGAACCCGACAUGUAUAGGGCCUUCAGAUAUUACUCCAAUGUCCCUUCAGACGCGAGCCCUAUCAUCCACACAGAUUGAGCUGACAUGGUCCGUCGAUACCUAUGCAGACCAGGUCCAGCAUUAUUUAGUUUCCGUACAACAACGAGGAACCACCAACGUUACCACCUUCGCUGUUCGCAGUUCAUCUAUCACAGUACAGAACCUCCUCCCCUACACGUACUACGAGUUCUGGGUCGUCGCCGACAUCGGGGACUUCCAGAGUAACAGAAGUGAGAUUGUUAGUCAGAGAACACAGCCAGGAGAACCUCCAGCGCCUGAAAAGCCGGUGUUGCAGGAUCAAACGAAAGUAAGCCCCACAACUUUCCCACUAGAGGUCAAACCGACAUCUGAGAGAAACGGACCAAUAGGAUGUUACCACGUGGUUGUGGUGAAGAGCAGCAGUACAGAUAACCUACCAGACCCGGAGAUGCUACAGACAUACAAGACGCUAGAGGAAGCAAAGAACACUGGAAAUGAUAACAUUGCGUACAUUGCCAUGGCUCUGACACCGGACAAAGUAGGUGACUCCACCACAGUGACUGUAGGAGAUGGAGCAGUGACCAGUUGUAACCCUGAUCAGGCCGGCCGGAAGAGGCGUGCUCUGACAUCUGAUGACGUGUAUAACCAGGAGUACACCAACUCCCCGCUGGAGCCGGACUCAUCCUACACCACGUCUGUCAGGGCGUAUGGACAGGAUGAUGGAGGACAGAUGAAGAUGUUGAAAUAG